AUGAUGCUGCCUACAACAGCAGAAGAAAUCCAAAAGUUUGCUCGUAAACACGAGAGGAGAUUAGAGGACCAUAUCAACCCAAUGGCCAUCGAACUGUUAGACAACUCCANUUUAUAUAUACAGUGAGUGUAAAAAGUAUUCGUACACCCUACUUUUUUAAAUAAAUAUACAUUUUUCUUCAUGAUUUUCUAUUUUUAUCAAUAAAUUAAUACAUGCAUAUUAUUCAUUGACGAUUUUUAAUUAUAUUAAAAAAAAAAACCAUGACAAAUGUUAUAUUAAUAAUAAUAUUCAAUAACAAACAAAACAAUACAUAUAAAAUAGGAACAAUAAAUAUUCGUACACUUCUAUUUUAGUUACGGAAUCACCUGUUUACUCACAAUAAUGUUAUUAGAAAACUAUAAGAUAUACAAAAUGUCACAUUAUCAUCUAUCACAAAAUGAGUCGAAAAAAAAUGCGAGACAAAUAAAACUGAACGUGAACUAAUUCUGCAAUUUUCAUAAUUAAUGCUAAUCAUUACGUCAAAUAUCAAAAAUUGUCAACAGAGCUCAUAGCACUGUGAAAGACGUGAUAAAUCGAUACAGUGAGCGGAAAAGUCACGAAAAUAAGCAACGAUCUGGUCGUCCAUAAAAACUUUCUGACCAUGAUAAACGUAUAGUUUAACGAAAAGUCAAAUUGAAUCCAAAAAUAAGCGCUCCUAAAAUAGUACAAGAUCUUGGGAAUUUUUCUGGAGUCAUGUUUGUGUAAGUACAAUUAGAAAUUGUUUAAAAAAUAGUGAUUACCAUGGACGAGUAGCUUGUCGAAAAUAUUUUGUAAAUAAAAAAAAUAGACAAAAGAAAUUUGAUUUUGCAAAAGAUAACUUACAUCAAUCUGAUAACUUUUGGAACAAAGUUAUAUUUAUAGAGGAAAGUAAAUUUAAUAUUUUUGGCUCUGAUGGAAGACGUUUUGUUUGGAGAAAAGCAAAUACAGAAAUGGAACCGAAGAAUUUACAGUCUACAGUGAAAUACGGAGGAGGUUCUAUAAUGGUUUGGGGAUGUAUAAGUGCUCAGGGUGUUGGAAACUUGCACUUUAUNGCUAGUGCCGAAAAAAUGGGCAUCAAAGAUGAUUUCAUAUUUACACAGGACAAUGAUCCCAAACAUACUGCAAAAAAGUUAAGGCUUGGUUGUCGAACAAUGUAA